AUGCAGGGAGCCAAGCUGGUGCCCCAUUUGCCCAAUGGGAAACUUGAAGCUUCCCUCAGGGAUGGUACCAGGUUCGUAAUGAAUGCCUUCCCCGCAUGCUCCAUCCUUUGGUGUCCCCGCCAUCCCGUCACGUCGCGACGCGCUCACUAUCUAUGAACCCACACCCCACAUUUUCCCGUGUGCAGAGUCGCGAUUGAUCUCUACACGGCUGCGACCUUGCCGAAACGGAUCAAGACAUGGGUUUGGGAUCUCUAUGAGAAGAACAUGAAACAACUGUGAGAUAUCGCCUCGAUCAUCAUCAUCAUCCGCUCAUACUUCCGCCUAACUGACUCUUACCCCACCGAAUAGCUUCACUUUUUCCUCCGAAGGGUUUGACCCGACAGAGAAACGAAAAGAACUCUUCCAUUCAGAUUCCAGAAUCCUGGUGUUGCGAUCGUUGGGCCAAGAGCCGUCGUUACCGAGCUCGUCGGAGGACUUGGUCGGGUUUUCGAUCUUCCGUUUUGAUACGGAAGAGACGGCGCAUGAAACGCGACUGGCCGAUGUGGUGUAUUGGUAUAUCUGAACACGUCGUAUAUGGAUCUUCCCUGACUAGUACUGACGGAAAUUUCUUCUGUGACUGCUCGAUAUAGCUACGAACUUCAGGUCGACCCAUCCCGGCGGCGAACUCGAGCGGCAAAACUGUUGAUGGAUUGCCUCGAAUGGAUCGCCAAGGGUUGGAAGAUGGACAAGGUCAUGUUGACAUGUCUCAGAUGUACGUUUCAGUUUCUCGAAACAGCCAUUCACCUCAGUCCAUGCGCUGAUUGGCGCGACUUCGUUCGAACAGCCAAUGCCGCAGCUUUAGCGUUCUACGAGAGUCAAGGGUACGCGUUUCCCGACUUAUCGGUGUUCUUGACUGACGAGUCGUUCACCAUUAGGUACACCACCGACGAGAUCGACCCCUCCUUCUUCUCCCAACCAGAAGUCGAUUAUCGGAUUCUCAGUCGAGUCGUUUGA